GUAAGAAAACCGGGCCGUUGGAGUUGGUCAGGGAGCAUCGGAACGUAGGCCCCGAGUUGGCAAGGCCCGUUUUUCGCAGGACAAGUGGCGGGGAAGAAGCGCUGUAUCGUCUGGAAGCCGAUCCUUGACCGACAGGACAACCUGCCGAGUUCAGCCAUCGUUCAGUGUCGAUUGGUCGGUCUCGAGCGCGGGGGCCUUAGACGUGAUUCGAUCUGUUAGCGUGGAUGCACGCGAGGUUCGCUGAGGAUUGAUUGGCAGUGGGAGCAGCGGACAGCUCGGUCCCGGAGAGGAAAGGAAGUCAUCGUUGAGAGAUUGGAUCAUCGCCACCAUGUCCGUCUUGACUUGUAAUGCAUGCAAUGUCACCUUUUCGGAUGAGCCGUCACAAAAGGCUCAUUAUCGAUGUGAUUGGCAUAGAUACAACUUGAAGCGAAAGGUCGCAGGACUGCCAGGUGUCACGAGUGCAUGGUUCGAGAAGCGGAGGGAAUCAGUUGACGCUGAGAGGAAUAAGAAUGCAGAGCGAAUGGUCUAUGUAUGCCAACUCUGUGGCAAGCAGUACUCCUCAAAACAAGCACAUGAGCAACACCUAAACUCCAAGGCGCACUUAGUGAAGUUGUCGGCUUCUCCGUCGUCUGUGGAGGGACGGGUAAUCUCUGUCGUUCGACCUGCCCCUUCACGAGAUUCCUCAGUGCAACAAGCGGGCGCCAGCAGAUCUGAGCCUUCAUCGGCUCGAUCUGGCCCUGUAGGUGGGGAGAGGUUGGGCGACGGCAAAGGUGAAAAAGAGAGUGAGGUGGACGAUGAAGACUCAGACGAGGAAGGAGAAUGGACUGUGGUUGAAAAUGAAUUGGAGGCGGCAGAGGCACUCGCUCAGAUGAGUAUACACGGAGAAGAUGACGGUGGGGGUGGGGGGAGUCGUAGCCGCGCGGUUGCGUCUCCCAGUAGCAAACGACAAGAGGAUGAUGCUAAUGGGACUGAAGAAGCAGAAGCAGGACGGACUGAAGAUGAUGAGGAGUGGGAUCCCUGCAAUUGUAUGUUCUGCAGGAAAGCUCACGAAGGCGUUGACGAAUGCGUGGAACACAUGCACAGAGAACAUGGAUUCUUUAUCCCAGAUGCAGAGUACUUGAAGGACUUGACUGGGCUGUUGGAGUACCUCUGGCUCAAGAUCACCAAAGGUUUCUUGUGCUUAUACUGUGACGGUAGGGGAAGGUUGCUCCACAGUAAAGAGGCUGCGCGGAAUCAUAUGAUCUCAAAAAGUCACUGCAAGCUGAGGUUUGGUGAACUGGAGGAUGGAGAUGAGGAGCUGGAGGAGUUUUACGAUUAUACAUCGAGUUAUGAAGAAAGUGGCGAGUUGGGACAAAUGAUACUUGCAGGGGAUGCAGUUCAGGCUCCUGUUGAAUUAUUGAGUGGUGGUAUGGAGCUAGGGUUGAAGGGAAAUUCAAAAAUAAUUGGCAGCAGACAGUUGGUGCGGAUUUAUCGUCAGCGGCCAAGGCCUUCUGAAAACCGCGAGAUGAUUCUUGUGAAUAAGCUGGUUGCCAGGUAUCGAUCUUUGGGGUUGGCUACACGGCAGGCAGAUCGUAUUCCUCGACGGCAUGACCCUAUUGCUAAGGCAGCCCUGCGCACAGAAGCGUCCCAGCUGAAGCUUGGUCUCAAGUCAAACAUAAUCAGAAACCUUCCCAAGAACUGCACUCAUUAGGUCUUUGUCUGUCCACUCUGCCCCUUUCCCUGCCUGUAUUGUUGUGUCGUAAGCACUGUCUUGAUCAACUACUUCCAUCUGGAGGCAAUUGUGGAAGCUGCAAACGCUGCAGGGAUACACUUUGUGUGGUGGUGGUCGAAGCAGCAGCACUUUGAAGAGCAAGCGAAGCGGCUUUCAAUACUUUGAGAGUGUUUGAUCAAUGAUGCUAGAGUGUAUAUUUUGGUAUCAUCGAGCUGCAGAUGUGUCGAUGUCGUCGGCAGCACAGCGGAUGAGAAAGUCGAACAAAAUGAACGAGCACGAGACCAUUCUGAAUCCAAUGUUCCGAUGGAUGGCGGCGAUGACAUGCUGCCUCCGCGAGCGCAUGUCUGGCCACUUGGUGACAGGGUUAAUCCCCAGUUAUGGUACGCCGGUUUUAGGGGAGCAUUUGGUCAGCACAUGCUCCCGUUGCGAACGAAAAAAUGAAGUGUUCUUCAGCUUCAAGGGAGAUGACCAUUUGUAGAGCCCAGCGUACGUGUUUUGUCCACCGUGUGGCAGACGCUUUUGACUAUCGGCCAGUGGGAGAAUGGUGCUAGAAGAGCAUUGCUCGAGAUGGAUAGUCAGCGAUCUCUGAGGAAAAGGCUUAUUGGUGCAGGUUUAGACACUGUUCCCAGAGCCGAUUGGUAAGUAAAUGAAAUCUGCACUUCAGUGGUCUGGAGCUUGAUAUUCUCCUAAGGUGGAGGAGCACGAUAGCUCCGGGUUAUGACUGUAUGGCUCUUUGCCUCUUCCUUGCAACAACGUAGUAGCGGAGAGAUGUUUGAAGUCAGGUGUUGUUCCCUCCCCCCCCCCCCCCCCCCCCCCCCCCCCCCUUCCCCCUUCUGGUUAUGCAAGUUUUUUUUUUUUUUUUUUUUUUUUUUUUUUUUUUUUUUUUUUUUUUUUUGUCAUGCUGGGAAUGUGCAAGUUCUUCCCUAUCUGGUUUUACUGCCACUUGAAACCCCUUUGUGUGUUGUGUGUUUUGUGUGUUUGUAUAUGUAUGUCUACUUGCCCGCCUGAGUUUUCGUGUGUGAUCACUGUGCUGUUCUUUUUUUGGUGCACCGGGAACUUUUUGCUCGACACUGCGGACGUAAAUGUUAGUUUUUCAACUUUUUUGAACUUUUCUCAAGUUUUUUACUACAACUGUAAAACAUGAUAAAUCGUGCGUGCGUGAUAGCGUACUGUAUGCUGUAUGAUACCCACCUGAAUCUGUUGAGCGGAAGUUCCUGUUUGGCCAACUUAGUGAACUUACCUGUUGUCAGAGGUCGAUCAGUAGAGCCGCAUAACAAAGUCAAAAGUCGCCGUUGUUGCAGGCUAGAGCACAUGUUGAGGAGAGCGAGUUAUGUUGUUUUUUUUUUCCUGGAAUUGAGUGGAAGCAAUUAUUCAGAAUGGCAGUUCUUUCGCAGUUCUUUCGAUGGAAGUAAACGGAAGCAGUCAGUCUAUCGAUAUAUAGAACUGAGAAUAGUGGAGAGAAAUCGACAGCAAAAGCGCAGAGUGGAAGUCUAGAGGUUGUACACAAAAAAUAGCUGCAGAGGACACGUGGUGUUCAGUGUAAAGGCAAAAAAUCAAAGAAAAAAGACAAGAAAAGGACGAACCGGAGUUUUGCACUUCGAAGUUUCGUUGGUUUUCGUUCUCGCUUAGCGGCCACUUUUCGAAUUGUGAAUGCCAUCCUUGCUUGCACCCAUAAAGUUUGUGAGGGUCAUGCUAAUCUUUUUGCUGUAUUGUUCCACCCAUAAAGUUUGUGUGUUUAGGGCAGACAGAUCCGCCCGAGUAUAUCAUGUUAGUAGUAGUUGAGAUAAAGUAGGUGCUGGAUAAAGCUGGGGUUACGGA